AUGACUGGACGUAAGUACAUUGACAUUCCCUUCGUUGUCGCUACCCUCAUCGCCCUUGGCGGCAAAGGUGGCAAGGGCCUCGGCAAGGGCGGUGCCAAGCGUCACCGAAAGAUUCUUCGUGACAACAUCCAGGGUAUCACCAAGCCCGCCAUCCGUCGUCUCGCUCGUCGUGGUGGUGUCAAGCGUAUUUCUGCCAUGAUCUACGAAGAGACCCGUGGUGUCCUCAAGACUUUCCUCGAGAGCGUCAUCCGCGAUGCCGUCACAUACACUGAGCACGCCAAGCGCAAGACCGUCACCUCGCUCGACGUCGUCUACGCUCUCAAGCGCCAGGGCCGUACCCUUUACGGUUUCGGUGGUUAA